CUCAAACGUUCCGUUCCCCUUAAGGGUGUUGACACUGUAUUUGCCAGCUCUUUCAUAGAUGGCACGAUAGCGCACUUUCUUUUCUUAUGCCAUGGGAGGCCCCAGAACCCCCAGACCUGUUUCAGCUCCGGAAUAGUUAAGAUGUCAAUUGAUCCUAACGAGGCCAGAGGCGGGAAUGGCAGGCGUAAAAGAGCACAGUCUGCCGUCCCGUCCUUGGACCCACGCGUUAAUAAUUUUGUAGAUUUAAUUGACGUAGAACAAGUUGGUGAAGUUAGUCAAGAUGAAGAAGUGUCAGUGCCAAGUGAGUCGUCGGCGGAACGCCGAGCCUAUGCAGAGAUCGAGAGGAUGCGGCAGCAACGGGAAAUUGAGAGGCAGCAACGUGACAGGGAGAGGCAGGAAGAAACGGAGCGACGUCGACGGGAGAGGCAAGAACGCCACCAGCAGCGGGAUCGCGAGGGUCGCCUUCGACGAGAGCAAGAGGCCGAUCGUCGUUCGAGGGAAGAACGUCGCAACCGCGAUGCACGCCCCAGAUCCAGGCCCAGGUCCCCGCACCGCUCCAGACCGUCCCAGACGCCCGUAGUUCCGGCGCCUCCCGCCACGAGAAAUGCACUUCCACCGUCGCCGCCGCCGACAGCCGGGACAUCGGAAAGAUCUCAGCAUCUAAGAAAAGUCCUGGUCUCGAAAGAAGAUUCGAGAAGCCUCGCCGACUGGCUGAACAAGAGCGUCACGCCAGCCGAACUGAAGGGUUUUGCAGACAAAUACCCGAUUGAAUUCGAGAAGAAAGAAUUCAGCCUGGCUCCUCCACGUCUGGACGACUGGAUGACCAGGCGACUAAAAGAGUCCGCCGCCCACAAACCAGCCGAAGCGGCAGAGAAAACGUGGCUUUUGGUACAGCUUAAAGUGCUGGACAUAGCAGGACCGCUUGUCUAUCUCCACCAGCUGACGAAGCAGGAUCGCCCGCUGGACAUGGAAGAGGUGUCCGAAAAUGUUAAAGUGGCGCUGGAGCUAACAGCCGCAGCGUCCUACGACAUCAACCGUAGAAGACGCCGGAACAUCCUCAACCAUACCGACCCUCGCUCCGACUACUUGCUGGAGGACCCCAAAUCCUUUUCAAGCAAGCAAACAGUUUCGUCACUGUUUGGCAAACGCUUCCUCGAAGCCAUGUUGAAAGAAGCGGACCAAGACGAAAAACUAAGCCGUCGUGGUCCACCAGGCCCAGCCCCCAAAACAGCUGCAGGACCGGUAACACGAUCAAAAUCCGGCAGAGGAGGCAGAAGGCAAUUUCCAUUCGACAACGAUCGAGGCGGCGGACGUGGGAGAAGAGGAAAUGGGAAAGGUUUGCGACGAGGAAGUGGUUAGCUUAUUAGAAAAAAAGGCCAUUGAGGAGACAUCCGAUUCGGACGGAUUUUUUAGUGCCCUUUUUGUAAUACCAAAAAAAGCGGGGGGCUAUAGGCCCAUUGUUAACUUAAAAGCGCUCAACAACUUCGUCGCAUACUCCCAUUUUAAAAUGGAAGGCCUCGACGCAGUCAAGCAACUUUUAGAACCGGGAGACUUUAUGACCAAAAUAGACCUUAAAGACGCCUAUUUGUUCAUCCCGGUGCUAAAAGAGCACAAAAAAUUUCUCCGUUUUUGUUGGGGGGAUAAAAAAUUCCAAUUUACUUGCCUCCCAUUCGGACUGUCGGCCGCACCGAGGGUAUUCACUAAGGUUAUGAAGGUAGUCAUGGGCCAUCUUAGAUCAAAAGGAAUCAGGCUGAUCAUCUACCUUGACG